UUUGUUUACCUUUUUGUGAGGAAAAAACGCACACGCAGCUCAAAAGCAAACGAACUUUUCUAUCCCGUCCAGCUACCGUAUCUGUAUGCAGCAACCCGUCGAAGGAUCAGGAUGGUGGUUAUAAGCGUGAAACGGUUUACCGAAAUACAGAACUUUAUCCGCAACUAUCAUGGCCUGUUCGUGAACUGCAACAUGGAGCUGGAGGCCAAGUUUCCCGAAUACUCUUCCGACACGCUCGGCAGCAUUACGGCGAAGGAGGUAGUGCAGCGCGUCAAAUCGAAUCAUUCCAAAAUCAGUGCCAAAGCUGCUUCCCUAGUGAAAGAAUAUCAAGCAACCGCUCGGCAAACAUUGGCCCACGACGUGUUGCAGAAAAUGGCCAUCGAACUACAAAUCCCAUCGAUAGUGUUGUGCCGCAUCCUGCUGGCCAAAAUCUACAGCGACAUGGCGAAAUCAGAGGUAAACGAAAUGCUUCGCAUGCCGGAUCUCAUCCCCGACUCGUUGCUGGCCGUAAAUGUAAGCUACUGUCUGUACAGCGAAACGAUGGACGGACCCAUCACCGAUCUGGUGCGUCGGUUUAUCGGCGAAGAGUACGAGGUACGGCUGAAGAAGAUGGCCCGGGAUGCGGGUAUGGUUUUCUACGACGAAGGCGAUCUACGGCGCACGGGGUACGACAAAACGCCCGACCUGAAGAUGGCCGUGCCGUUCAUGUACCGCGGCCAGGUGAUCAACUGGAUCGAGAGUAAGGCGUCGUUCGGGGAUAUGGAUUCGCACAAGCGGUACGUGAAGGAUCAGCUGUCCAGCUAUGGGAAUCGGUUCGGUCCCGGAAUCGUGAUUUACUGGUUCGGCUACUUGGAGAGCAUUGCCGAUUGUCCGGAAAAUGGGAACUAUGUGAUAGUGACGGAUGGAUUCCCGGCAAAAGACGAGAUGGAAUUUCUUACCUUUAAUUUACCCGCCUUCGUGGAGGACGACGACACGGGCAGCGAAGACAAUAGGAUAACCAAAUAAUGUUAGAUAUUUAAUAGAUAUUUUAUUGUAAACCUUAUU